AUGGCUUAUUCUGGUAGCGAUAGGAAUGAUAAAAAAUUGCAUCUUGUCUGCUAUUCACUUCACGAGCUACUGCCUUUCCCAACUCUUCCUUCCGACGUCAUUCCAGAAAUCAUAUGUAGGCUACCAGUAAAGUUCAUCCUUCGAUUCCGAUGUGUUUGCAAGUCAUGGAAUUCUCUAAUAUCUGAUCCCAAAUUCGUCAAGAAGCAACUCUGUGUGUCCACCACUCGGAACCUCCACUUCCGAAACUACGCCUAUGACUCAAGAAAGUACAUUCUCACAUCUUAUCCACUGGACUCUGAUUUCACAGACAUAACCUCUAACUUCACACAAUCUGAUUGGCCUUAUGCCAAGUUUUAUCGCUUCAUUGGCUCUUGCAACGGCAUUGUGUGUCUUGCAGACAACGAAUAUACAAGCUUAGUUAUAUGUUGGAACCCUUCCACAAGAAAAUUCAAGGAGUUGCCCCUUUUUGAAAAGCCCACGACUGGUCUAAAUGUCAUGACGUUUGGCUUUGGCUAUGAUUCUUCAAAGGAUAAUUACAAGGUGGUUGUUGUUCUUGACUACCAAUUUCUUGAUGAGGAUUAUAGUUUUGUUAACAAAACUCAAGUAAUGGUUCAUACUUUGGGUACUAAUAUAUGGAGAACCAUUCAGGAGUAUCCUUUUGGAGGUCUUCCUGUUCCAGUUAAGAAGGGGGAAUUUGUGAGUGGCACAAUUAAUUGGUUGUUCUCCGAAGAAUCAUUGGAAUGUCCAUGCUUUAUUGUUUCUUUUGAUUUGGCAAAGGAGUCUUAUCAAAAGAUUUCACCUCCUAAUUUGGGAGGGGUGGAUGUUGGUGACUUGUCGGUUUUGGGUGUUUUGAGGGAUUGCUUGUGCGUGACGACUUCUGGCUAUGAUGUUUGGCUUAUGAAGGAAUAUGGAAAUAAAGAGUCUUGGACUAAAUUGUUCACUAUUCCUUACAUGAGAGAUCCUUCUAAACCUAAGGUCGAUGCCAGGGCAAUAUAUGUUUUUGAGGAUGAUCAAGUGUUGCUGAAGUAUGAUUUUGACUUGAAUUUGAUUCUUUACAAUCCCAGGAGGGGUACUUUCAAGGCUACUAAUUUUAAACGAAUUCCUGAAGUCUGUGUUGAAAGUUUAAUAUCACCUAGUUCUCUAUGCUAG